CUCAAGCAGCCCUUCCCCCACGACCUCCCCCGAGAAUACCUUGCUUUCUCCCCACCUUGCCCUCUACCCGACUUUGCUCGGCUUAACUGCGUCGAGGCUUUUACCGAGAUAACCGCGCUUCCCUUAGACUUAGGAAUUACAACCCCGUUUCGAGAAUUUUUCAAGCCCCAAGACACUCGUCUGGCCGAUGAGGUUCAAGGCCCCUUCUCCGACCAUGCAUUUCUCCAGUUCUCCAGGAGCUCGUAGGACGGCACCCCGAGAGAGGCGUUCCCCGCUCCAGCACUUCUGUACUCUCCGAACGCCUCGCUGUCCAGCUUAAGUCACGGGUUCACUGCUUCCAAAGGAAACCCUAAAACGUAGCUAUUAUAAGGUCCUUUUUUCAGGAAAUGGCUAAUUCUUCGGUUACGAGAAGAAGAGCCAAUUCAUAAUUUCAGUCAGUUCGGUCAGCCAAGUAGUUAGACCUUUGUUUUCUGUCUUUUUUUGUUUUUGGCGACGGAGCCGCCGCCUGGCUUGCGGAAUCUUAGUUCCCCGACCAGGGAUUGAACCCGGGCCCUCAGCAGUGAAAGCGUGGAGUCCUAACCGGACCUCCAGGAAAUUUGCCGUCUAUUUAGUAGACUGUGUCCGAGAUGGUGAAGCUGUUCAUUGGAAACCUGCCCCGGGAGGCCACAGAGCAGGAGAUCCGCUCACUCUUCGAGCAAUAUGGGAAGGUGCUGGAGUGUGACAUCAUUAAGAACUACGGCUUUGUGCACAUAGAGGACAAGACGGCGGCCGAGGAUGCCAUACGCAACCUGCAUCACUACAAGCUGCACGGGGUGAACAUCAACGUGGAAGCCAGCAAGAAUAAGAGCAAAACAUCCACAAAGUUGCAUGUAGGCAAUAUCAGUCCUACUUGUACCAACAAGGAGCUUCGGGCCAAGUUUGAGGAGUAUGGUCCAGUCAUUGAAUGUGACAUCGUGAAAGAUUAUGCCUUUGUACACAUGGAGCGGGCAGAGGAUGCAGUGGAGGCCAUCAGGGGCCUUGACAACACAGAGUUUCAAGGCAAACGAAUGCACGUGCAGUUGUCCACCAGCCGGCUUAGGACUGCGCCCGGGAUGGGAGACCAGAGCGGCUGCUAUCGGUGCGGGAAAGAGGGGCACUGGUCCAAAGAGUGUCCGGUAGAUCGUUCGGGCCGAGUGGCAGACUUUACCGAGCAAUAUAAUGAGCAAUAUGGAGCAGUGCGUACACCUUACGCCAUGAGCUAUGGGGAUUCAUUGUAUUACAACAACGCGUACGGAGCGCUCGAUGCCUACUACAAGCGCUGCCGUGCUGCCCGGUCCUAUGAGGCAGUGGCUGCUGCAGCUGCCCUGCGUAUAAUUACGCAGAGCAGACCCUGUCCCAGCUGCCACAAGUCCAGAACACAGCCAUGGCCAGUCACCUCACCUCCACCUCUCUCGAUCCCUACGAUAGACACCUGUUGCCGACUUCAGGAGCUGCUGCUGCUACAGCUGCUGCUGCUGCAGCAGCCGCUGCUGCUGUUACUGCAGCUUCCACUUCAUAUUACGGGCGCGAUCGGAGCCCCCUGCGUCGCGGCCCAGUCCCCACUGUUGGAGAGGGCUACGGUUACGGGCAUGAGAGUGAGUUGUCCCAAGCUUCGGCGGCCGCGCGGAAUUCCCUGUACGACAUGGCCCGGUAUGAGCGGGAGCAGUAUGCGGAUCGGGCGCGGUAUUCAGCCUUUUAAAGCUUGAGGUGGGAUGUGUGUGGGCUGAAAUUCCGAGCUGCGGUUGUGCAUGAGAAUACACCCUUCGUGGUACCCCAUCUCCGGGACGUUCUCAGCUCUGUGCGUUCAGUCCCCCAGGAACCAUGGACCUUAAUUUACCUUGUUAAGUUCAGACCACCUCUUCUUUCCUCUCUCCUGCCCAUUUCCCUGUUCUUUCUGUCCUUCAAUACUUCUGUAGCUUCCCAUCAUGUUCUGUUCUCCCAGCAGGCCUCAUUGCGUGCAGAAACUGGUGGGGGUUGUGCUGUAUCCCCACCUCCUGCUUCCAGUGGGUGUUGUGAGAGUGUCACUGCUCCUGAGUCUUUUUGACCCAAAGGCUUAUGGCAGGUAGACACAUAGAGUUGGAUCACUUUUUUCUUUCCGGUGAAAUAAAUGGUUUUUCAACUUA